AUGGCGAGGCGAGUUCGGGGGAUGAACCAAGAUGAUGUGUUGCAGAAUCAUUGCAGAUGGAGUUCCAGUGCCCGUACUGCUGGCCCAGGGGUGAGGCUGGAUCACUCUGGGCACCAAAAGGAGAUAUCGGGGCCUGGGCAGAGGAGAUUCCUCCUUGUCUUCAGCUGUCUUGUUCUCUCGGUGUUUUCCACCAUCCCUGCUCAUCAGGACAUGGCCAGUUCCGGGCUCUUUAUUCUGGAAUUCGUCAUGAUCGUUGUGUUUGGGUUGGAAUAUGUCAUUCGAAUCUGGGCAGCCGGCUGCUGCUGCCGCUACCGCGGACUACAGGGGAGACUCCGGUUCGCCCGCAAGCCCUUCUGUGUGAUCGACUUCAUCGUGUUCGUGGCCUCCGUGGCGGUGAUAGCCGCUGGGACCAAGGGCAACAUCUUCGCCACUUCAGCACUGCGCAGCAUGCGUUUCCUGCAGAUCCUCCGCAUGGUCCGGAUGGAUCGCCGGGGGGGAACCUGGAAGCUGUUGGGGUCCGUGGUGUAUGCUCACAGUAAGGAGCUGAUCACAGCCUGGUACAUUGGGUUCUUAAUCCUCAUUUUCUCCUCGUUCCUUGUCUAUCUGGCUGAGAAGGAGGAUAAUACAGAGUUUUCAACAUACGCAGACUCCCUCUGGUGGGGUACAGUUACACUAACGACAAUUGGUUAUGGUGACAAGACUCCGCAGACGUGGCUAGGCCGGAUGCUGGCAGCAGGAUUUGCACUGUUAGGAGUCUCGUUCUUUGCACUCCCAGCUGGAAUUCUGGGUUCGGGGUUCGCCCUGAAAGUUCAAGAGCAACAUCGACAAAAGCACUUUGAGAAAAGGAGAACUCCUGCCGCCAACCUCAUUCAGGCUGCUUGGCGUCUCUACUCCACAGAUGUGAGUCGGCCUUACCUGACUGCCACCUGGUAUUACUAUGACAGUAUUCUACCUGCGUUCAGAGAACUGGCAGUUAUGCUUGAGUCACUCAGCCGAUGGCGCAAUGGUGGACUUAAAAACUCAGACUGCAAAAAACUACAAGAAGAAUCCCCACAGAUACAUGCAUUUCAUUCAAGUCAAAGAUUAAUUGUACCCCCCUGUAAUUUGGGAGACAGUAACCAGAGGUUAGGAUUCCGAGACAGAAUGAAGAUGAACAGUCCGAGGAUUCAGAGUAUAAGGAGCAAGCAGACGUCUGCCCCCAGCAUCCAGCGCUGCCCCAGUACAGAGAACGCGACGCAGAUCAGCCCCACCAAGGUGCAGAAGAGCUGGAGCUUCAACGACAGAACCCGGUUCCGAGCCUCACUCCGCCUGAAGCCCAGAGCCACGGUGGAAACCGAGAACCUGGGAGACGACAGCUACGACGAGAAGGCCUUUCACUGUGACAUCAGCAUGGAAGAUGCCAAGCCAAUUGUGAAAACACUGAUCCGGGCCGUCAGGAUUCUGAAAUUCCUGGUAGCAAAGAGGAAAUUUAAAGAGACCUUGCGGCCGUACGAUGUCAAAGAUGUGAUAGAACAAUACUCUGCAGGACACUUGGACAUGUUGGGCCGGAUCAAGAGCCUCCAGUCCAGGGUCGACCAAAUCAUCGGGAAAGGUCAGGCGCCUACAGAAAAGAAGCUGCGUGAUAAAGGAGAGAAGGCUCCACCAGAACUGGAGCUGUUUGACGAGCUGAGCAUGAUGGGCCGUGUCGUCAAAGUGGAGAAGCAGGUGCAGUCCAUCGAGCAAAAGCUGGACAUGUUGCUGAUGAUCUACGGACAAAGUUUAAGCAAAGGUUCAGCCACAGCACUGACACUGGCUGCGAUGAACAUUCCUCUAAUAGACCAGGACCUGACCUCUGACUAUCAUAGCCCGGUGGACACUACAGAUAGUUCCAUGUCUACCCAGACAUUAAACGUAUCGACCCAUACAAAUCUUGAAGAAAGUCACUAGAAGAUCCAGGUGACCCACACUCAUCUAUACUCAG